ACAACAGAAUUACAGGAAAACGGAGGAAUAAAACUCCUAGAAUGUGGCAGCAUUCAGUGGUAGAGUACGAUUCAGGAGCACAGCAGCGUCCGCACAUCCACAGAGUAACCUGAGCGGAGGACAGAUGACCAGAGAGGAUUACGACUGACCUCUGCAACCCCCCGAUGGAUGGAGUUAUGCUGCCGGUUGAGGCCUGAUAUUAGGAUGUCCAUGUCCUUCUAUAAAUACCGGUUCUUCUUACUUGGCUUCCUGAACCUUUACAUAAUUAAAGACCUCGUACACAGCCAGAACCACACGCUGAUGUUUUCCAAGGACAACAACAUCCGGAACUGUAGCUGCUCCUUUGACAUCCAAAGCUGUGACUACAGUUUGGCCAACCUGAUGUGCAACUGUAAGACCAUCGCCCUUCCGAAAAACAAGACGGGGUCCAGGCUAAGCUACAAUGGUGACCUGACCAUCUGGUUCUCCGACACAACCACCCUGGGACGGUUGGUGAACUUUACCUUUGUCCACAACCUAAAGCUAUCGCUGUGCGGAGCGACUACUCUCCCAACGGAGUAUCUGGCCAUCCUGGGGCUUAGGUACCUUCGUGUCCAAGCUGAGACCAUCCAAGAACAAAGCCUGAUGAUCACCCACUGCAACGUCAAGGACAGACUGUGCCGGGCGCCUACAGCUCCCCCGUUUCACAUCUCCUACCUGGAUACCUCGCUGUUUAAUGGACUUUCCUUGUUAAAGUCCUAUAGUGUGGAGAACAUUUCAAGCAUAAAGGAACAGUUUCCGAAUCUGCCGCUCUCCAGCUGGAUCUCCGCCACAAAUAAGAGCUACAUUGUGACGUUAAUAUACUGACCAUCAGACGAGGAUGAAGCUGCGGCCUUCCUUCCCACCCAGGACUAACACAGUAUAAUACGACUAUAUUGGGACUAAAGUCCUGAUCACUAGACCUUAGUGUAUAUGUGUAGUGGGGAAACGCCUCUUUAAAGAGGUUCUCUGGUAAUAAUGACAUUUUACCAAGUGCCGGCAGCCUGCCCCACUAAGCUUUUUACCUGCUCCCUGCCGCUCCGGUCCUCCGCACUGCCUCCAUUUUCCAGUCCCUGCAUUGUUUUCAUGGACAUGGUCACAUGCUCCACUGCAGCCAAUGACUGGCUUCAGAUGUGACGUACUGCAUGCAGACACAUCACUGCUGAAGCCAGUCAUUGGCUGCAGCAGAGCAUGUGACCAUGCUCAUGGAGUGCUGGAGGAUGGAGACACCAGAGGCAGCGCGGAGGGCAGCAGGUAAGUAUGAGUCCUUCGCUCAGUAGGGCGGGCUGCCGGCACAAGGUGAAAUGUCAUUAACAGUGAUGGCCAGUUCGCAUUGUCUUUUCCCACAAGU